GUGCGUUCCACGCGAGUUACGCGCGCCACAGCAACACCCUCGUCCCAUAAUGUUAUAGAUCUCGUUCUCGACUUGCUCACUCGUCUCUUACGCUGACGGACCCUGGCCAUGCCAUCUGCAGUCAACACCCCCGGUGUAUUCCCACCUCUGACGCACGAAUCUCUACUUUCAUUCCAGUUCUCUUCCUGGUAUCCGAGGUUCUCGAGCCUCAGCAUCAAGUCGACCAUAAUUCGCCCGCUGAGCCAGGACUUUCUCGAGUAUCUGGACGCCGAUGGUGUAUUCAUGCCCGAAGGGGCAGAAGACGGACCCGCAGGAAGCACUCUCUCCGACGAGGAGGACAGCGGCGGAUACGAGAGCGAUGAGGAGGAUGAGGAGGAGCGCAAAUUCGCGUUCCCAGAACUGGACGAAAAGAUACGAGACGCUGUGUCAAAAUACGGAGCGGUCUUUCCAAAGCUGAACUUCUCGUCUCCCCGGGACGCUACAUGGAUGCUGCCGGCGUCCUCGCCGUUGAAAUGCAUGUCACCUGCCGAUGUCUACCUACUGCUCAAGUCUUCGGACUUCGUACAGCAUGACCUCAGUCCCGACCACGUAUUCGACGGAUGCGAGUCAAGACCGCCGAGCUACGACCUUGAACUUGUACUGCGGAAGUGGUAUCCUGUCGAUCGGAGUAGGGAGUUGCGCUGCUUUGUCCGGCAAGAGAAGCUGCUAGGCAUAUCACAGAGGGACCCGAACUACUAUGACUUCUGGAAUGAGUCGGGCACGCAGAGCAAGGUCUUAGACGCAGUGAAGACGUUCUGGGAGGACAACAUCAAAGGGAAAUGGCUGGAGGCUGGUGGUGAUUACGUCUUCGACUUCUUGCUAACUCGCGAUCUAUCUCGAGGGCAUAUCAUCGACUUCAACCCCUACGCACCACGGACAGACCCGCUUCUCUUCACCUUCGAUGACCUGCUCACUCUACUUCUAGUCCGAGGCGACGACUCCCCGCAACCAGAAUUGCGCGUCGUGGACUCUCCUAGUCACCCGGCAGCAACCCGAAACGCGCCUGCUCAUCAGCACAACAUGGUACCGCUAGAGGCGUUCACAAUGAGUAGUGGCGGGAGCAUUCAAGACUUCGCAGGAGCAUUGCAGGAAGAAAUACGAAAGUCGAUGCAACACAACAGUGAUGAAGACUAACCUCACAGUACCGUGCAUGUCGUCUCCUGCCUGCAGCAUAUCACAAUUUACACAUCCCAUCACUGAGUCUACGGCGGCCAAGCACAGCACAACUGUAUUCUCUAUACGACAUGAACAGAGGUCGAUUUCUUUUUCGACAAGGCAUGCACGUC